AUGUACGCGCUCCAUGUUGAUGUGGAUUGCAACAUUGAGGUGAUCGAGGACACACUGCCACAACGGUUCAUGCAAGAAGCGAUGCCGCUGCCUGAUGCACAAAAUUGCAACGGGAGUUCAAAUCAAUUUUUGUCACCAACACAGAGCAACGAGAGUCUGAAGCCUCUCCAAGGGAGAGUUUUACCUUCUAAUUUCUUCAGCAACACAGAGCGACGGAAUGCUGGCACCGCUCGGAGCAUGGCUCGUCAAUGGCAACAGCGGCGGCGUGUAGGGCGCGGGAGCGGGGGAGGAGGCUCGGGGAGGGGCGAGGCGGCUGCGGUGUCCGCUCGUGGAUCCCGGCUGCCACCUUCGCAGGGAGCGGAGAGGCGCACAGGGACAGAAUCUCGGCUCGAUUCCACGCCGGGCAUGGCUGGACAGGCCCGGCUAGAGGUGAAAGAGAGCGGAGGGAGUGGUGAGGCAGAGGAGACGUGUGCCCUCUGCGGGAGAGAUGGAGCAGGGGAGGGAGAGAAGGGCGGCACCAUGCCGUGCGGUAGAGACGAAGCGGGGGAGAGAGUCAUCGUCCAAGCGAGGGAGAGGGCCGCGGAACGAGUGCGACAGUUGGCUGAAGAAUGGGCCAGACGAAAACGGAGGCCGGGACGGAUUUCCCCAGUUAAGCACCUUCCCGCCACCGGGGGCAUGAAUAAUGAAGGUACUAGGAGCCCAAUCAAGGAGUUCAGUGCUUGUUAUGGCGAUGGUUGUUUUGCCAAUGGUGAACAAGAUGGACGGCAAAUUGAGGAUGCCAUUCAUGGUGAUCGAGAUGCUAGCAGGACAAUUACGGAGGUCACUGAUGGCGAACAAGAUCUAUGUGAGGCACUAGCUAAUGGUGAGGAGGAUUCGACGGAGGCAACAGAGGAUGUAAGUGCUGGUGAGGUUAGUGAUGAUCAAGAAAGGUGCACGCAAGACAUCUCUACUUGUUACCCCUGCGACUGUGUUGCCAAUCUGAGGCCACUUGGGUCCAGCAGCCACCGUGAUGGUUCCAUAUACACGGGCUGCCGUUAUUGGCAAAAGCAUUUUCGUAUCGCCGACCGUAGCGAAGCUUCCUUGGAAGAAUCCAACAAUGGAUUUGAGAACCCUGAAGCAUUGUAUAGACCAUGUAACAUGUGGCAAGUUUUCUCAUUAAAGUUGGUUAAACUUCCCGUGGAUGGUGGCCCUGUGGAAUUAUAUGGAUACAUUGCGGCGCGUGAUCAUGUGGAUUCAUUACUUAACUAUAUUGUCAAUAUUAGCAGGGAUGAUCCCAUCACCGUGGACCAGGGUUCCUUCAUUCCAAUGACUGGCCCUAAGAGAGGGAUUGAUUUGUAUGAAACCGUUCUAAUUGAAUAUGACAUGAGGAUUAAGACAGGAGAUAGAGAAGAAGAUGAUCAACAACUGAUUGAUGGUGCAUCACUCAUGGACCCACUGCUCCCCUACUUUGAACCACUCACAUGUCGCAUACAUGGAAAUAAUAGUGCAGUUGACAUGACUGACGUGUAUGUUCACCGCGCGGUGGAUGCGACAGUGGAAGUUAUCGUGUCCGAAGUGCAGAGUAGUUUCGAUUUGUGUGUCAGCUGUUAUACCAGUGGGUUAGAUGAGGAGAUUCGGCUCUUUGAUGGUGUGAUUGGUGAGUCACAUGUCUUAAGGAGGCAUGUGAUUGCUGUUACGGUAUACGGGUGUUUGGAUUUGAAGUUCAAGGUAGGGUCAGGGUCUUAUUUUUCUGAAGAACAUUGCCGUUCCUUCAAAGUGAUGGACGAUGGAUAUGCCAGUCAGCAAAUAAAGACCGAGUUCGCCUCAAUCUUUAUGAAGGUGACUUGGCCGGCUGUUCAUGUGUAG